AUGGAGAUGAAGAAGUUUUGUAAAGUUGUGUUUUUCUUGGUCACUUACUUAAUUUGCUCCAUUGCCAUGGCUAGUCAUCAUGGUUGUGAAGAUGUUGUAGAGAAGAGAAUGAGAACGAGUGUGGUCGGAGAAGCUUCAAGAGAUGAGUUUGGGAACUGCAGUGAGAAGAAGAAGAAGGUGAAAUUUACGUCGAGUCGUAAGUUGGCUUCUGGUCCAAGUCGCAGAGGUUGCGGCCACUAA